GUGCGUACACUUACGCCUUUUUGUUAGUUGAUAUAUUUUUCUACGUUCCCGUGUACAUGUGACAUUGUUCAUUUUUCUGUCAAAGACAAUUGUUCAAGUCCCUUGUUAUGUGUAAAUCGAGAUUGUAUUGAAAAUAUUUAAAAAAUGAAUCCUCAGUAUUUGCAACAACAAAGUCCGUUCUAUGGAGGACAGCCACCAAACUUGCCUUAUGAAGAACCCAACGCCAAUUAUCCAUCAAAAAUUGCCUCUGAUGCACAGUCUCUGCCUCAACAAAAAUCUGCUCCGCCUUUGCCACAGUUAAAUCAAAACAAUCUUGUGGACCAAAUGUCUAAUGUAUCUUUGACUGAUCCUCAAAAACCCCUUUCCACGCAAAAUUUAUCAGCCCAGAACCAUUUCGUGAAUGGAGUUAGUAAUCGGAAUCAUUAUCCUCCACAAGGUACACCAGAUGGAAAUCAUGCAGCUGCAGAUAAGCCUGUCACUGCACCUCCCCCUUCACAAACGUCCAGUCUUCCAUUUCCACAAGGAUCUUCAGGAACACCUCAGUUUCCUGGUCAACAGUAUUCAACACAGCCACCUAGCUUAGGAUUACAUUCUGGACCAAACAUUCCCAAGAGCAUGCCUCAAACUGCAGCCAACCAAAAUCAAUCACAUUUACCUGGCCCACCUAUUUCAGGUCAGCAACAACAGCAUGGAUCAGUAGGCAAUCAAAUGAACAAACCCAUGAGUCAAGGACCAAUGGGGGUUCAAUCUGGCCCAAUGCCCCACAUGCCAGGCAAUCACAACUCAUCCGGUUCACCAAUGCAUGGACAAAACCUCCAGGGUCCACAAAAUCUAUCCAGACCUCCACUUCCCAGCCAACAAAACAAUUUAGCAGGACCAUCAAUGCCAGGACAGCAAAAUUUACCCAGGCCGCAAUUCAAUCAACCACCAGGCCCUCAGAAUUUAUCUGGACCACCCAUGCUCAAUGCUCAAACCUUAGCUGGACCUCCAAGGCCCGGUCAACCUAAUUUCUCUGGACCCCCGAUUCCAGGGCAGCAAAACCUAUCAAGACCUCCAUUACCUGGACAGCAGACAUUGUCAGGACCUCCUAUGCUGGGUCAACAAAACUUGUCGGGGCCGCCUCUGCCAGGCCAGCAAACUUUUGCACCAGGUCCCUAUCAAAAUCAAAUGCUUGGGCAACAGCCUUACCCACCCGGUCCUCCAUUACCGGGACAACCAAGUGGCAUGAAUCAAGGAUUUCAACAACCAGGCUUUGGUCCAGGCCAACCUCCAAUAUAUCAAAAUCAGCCUGGUUCAUAUCCUGGAGGAUACCCAGCGAAUGCUCAGGCUCAGAAUAAGAGACUAGAUCCUGAUAACAUGCCGAAUCCUAUUCAAGUUAUUCAAGAUGACCAAAAGAUGAAAGGUGGAGAUUUCAUAACGAAUCAGAGGGGAUUGGUUCCUCCGCUAGUGACAACGAAAUAUGUAGUCCACGAUCAAGGAAACGCAUCUCCAAGAUUUAUUAGGUCAUCAAUGUAUACUGUUCCUACAACGGCAGACAUACUAAAGCAAGCACAAUUUCCAUUUGGAAUUAUUUUAAGUCCAAUGGCUCAAAGCGAAGAGGGCGAGAUGGAACCGCCUAUCGUUGACAUGGGUGAAAUCGGGCCUGUUAGAUGUAUUCGCUGUAAAGCUUACAUGUGUCCUUUCAUGCAAUUCAUUGAUGCUGGAAGGCGGUUCCAGUGUAUGUUUUGUAAAGCCACUACUGAAGUUCCACAAGAGUACUUCCAACAUUUAGAUCAUACCGGCCAAAGAAUGGACCGAUAUGAGAGACCAGAACUAAGGCUGGGAACGUUCGAGUACGUGGCAACAAAAUUGUAUUGUAAAGACAAUACUUUUCCGAAACCACCAGCAAUUAUUUUUGUGAUCGAUGUCUCUUACAACAAUAUUAAAUCAGGUUUAGUAAAUCUCCUGUGUUCACAAAUGAAAGAAAUGAUUCGCCAUCUACCUGUUGAUAUGUACCAAUCAAAGUCAAACAUGAAAGUUGGUUUCAUAACGUACAACCAUUCCGUUCAUUUUUACAAUUGCAAAGCCAAUUUGGCACAGCCCCAGAUGUUGUACGUUGGAGAUGUGCAUGAGGUGUUUAUGCCACUUUUGGAGGGUUUCCUUGUUGAUCCCGAGGAAAGUGAGGCAACGAUCGACAGUUUAAUGGCACAAAUUCCCGUCAUGUUUGGGGAUACUCGAGAAACAGAAUGUAAUUUGGGACCAGCUAUUCAAGCAGGAUUGGAGGCCCUUAAGGCUUCCGAAUGCGCAGGAAAACUACUUGUUUUUCAAUCUUCACUGCCCAGCUCAGAAGCUCCAGGAAAACUGAAAAACCGUGACGAUCGUAAUGUUCUUGGAACUGAGAAGGAAAAAAGUGUCCUAGCUCCUCAGACAAAUUUUUACACCACUUUGGGCCAAGAGUGCGUGACCGCCGGAUGCUCCGUCGACUUGUUCUUGUUUAACAAUUCGUACAUAGACGUUGCCACCACUGGCCAAGUCGCAAGAGUCACAGGCGGCGAAGUUUACAAAUACACAUAUUUCCAAGCUGACAUAGACGGUGAAAGACUUAUCACAGACAUCAUAAACAACAUCAGCCGACCAAUCGCGUUCGACGCCGUGAUGCGCGUCCGUACUUCGACGGGUGUUCGGCCGACGGACUUCUAUGGUCACCUACACAUGCCCAACACAACCGAUGUUGAGCUAGCCAGUCUAGACAGCGACAAAGCCAUUGCAAUCGAGAUACAGCACGACGACAAGCUCACAGACGACGAGGGCGUUUUCAUUCAAGCAGCUCUGCUCUACACUUCCUGCGGUGGUGUCCGGAGACUACGGAUCAUCAAUCUGAGCUUGAGGACUUCUUCGAUGAUGGCUGAGCUCUACAAAUCCUGCGACUGUGACGCCUUAGUCAAUUUCCUUCUCAAACAGAGCGUGAACAAACUGGUCGAGUAUUCUCCAAAGGCAAUACGAGAUACUUUGACUUCCAAGUGCGCUCACAUCCUAGCCACUUACAGAAAGCACUGCGCCUCGCCAUCCACUUUUGGACAGCUGAUACUUCCCGAGUGCCUUAAGCUCUUGCCCCUCUACGCCAAUAGCUUGUUGAAGAGCGAUGCAAUCACUGGAGGUGCUGGAAUAACAGUUGAUGAAAAAUCGUAUAUAAUGAUGUUGGUGUCCUCGAUGCCAAUCACAGAAACUGUCUUUCACGUCUAUCCGCGGCUCAUUUCUUUGUACGAUGCUGAUCCCGCGAGCAACGAAAUACCUCCUGUAAUGCGUUGUUCGAUCGAAAAAUUCCAAGACAACGGGGUAUAUCUACUAGAAAACGGAAUUCACAUGUUCCUGUGGCUCGGCUUAAAUGUGAAUCCUCAAUGGGUCCAAGCUGUUUUUGGAGUUCCCUCAGUAGUGCAAGUUGACACAGACAAAACUACUCUUCCUGUUCUGGACAACUCUUUGAAUCACUGGAUUAGAGACAUUAUCGCACAAGUUCAGAGCAACAGGCGUUAUUGCAUGCGAUUAAGAUUGGUAAGACAGAGAGACAAAGCAGAAUCGGUGAUGCGUCAAUUUUUGGUAGAAGACCGUGGUAUCGAUGGCAGCCCAAGUUACAUUGACUACUUGUGUCACAUGCACAAAGAAAUCCGACAACUUUUAAGUUAAUGUAAACGAAAUUCGCCAUUGCACAAAUUAAAAAGUAAAAUUUUUUCUACACUUGUGGUAUCCUUACACCGUGGUACCAUACAUAUUACUUGGUACAGAAAAAUAUUUGCAAAGAAAUUUUUGUUUAUCUCUGUUUGAGAACACAUAAAAAACAUUUCAUAAAAAUUUGUCAAACUGGUUUUAAACAUAUAACACAGGCGAAUUUGUUGAUGGCAAACAAUGUUCUCCAAAUCAUUGAAUGAUAUUCAAAGAUUUAUCUGAUUCCGUGAAAGUGUAACUCCAGAAUGAUAGUGGAUGUGCCAGAUGAUAUAUUGUAUGGGUGAACAUCAGUUUUUAAAGUGGUAAUUGAAAAUCUUGAUAUAUUUUUAUAUGAUAACUAGCAUGUUUGCAGUAAUUAGAUGAAACGAAGCAUUUUCAAUAGAAAUUAUAACAAG